GAGUGGAGAGAGACGCCGGACGAUCCGAGCCGGUGUGUCGGGAUGUGAGAGCUGUGGCAGCGGACAGAGCUGCCUCUGUUACCUGCCUGCCGAAGCUGGGAGUACGGCUGCAGGUCCGCCCACCCCUGGACCGUCCCAGGAGGAAGUGGUCAUGCCAGUGAAACGUUUCGGGGGGAGGGAGAGGAGGAAGCUGCUCACCUCUCUGGGUGCAGAGCUGGUGAUCAUGGCGGGCACCGUCAUGCUGGCGUAUUACUUUGAGUGCACGGACACCUUCAGCGUGCACGUGCAGGGCUUCUUCUGCUACGACACCUCCUACACCAAGCCCUACCUGGGCCCAGAGGAUCGCAGCGCCGUGCCCCCCCCCCUGCUCUACGCCCUGGUGGCUGGGCUGCCCACCCUGCUGAUCAUGAUCACAGAGACGGUGCUGUUCCUGGUCCAGUACACCUCCAAAGAGUUUGACCGCUCAGAGAAGACAGUGGCCACCGGAGACUGCUGUUACCUCAACCCUCUGGUGCGCAGGACCUUCCGCUUCCUCGGCGUUUACAGCUUCGGGCUCUUCACUGUGGACAUCUUUGUGAACGCGGGUCAGGUGGUGACGGGGAACCUGGCGCCGUACUUCCUGACGGUGUGUAAACCCAACUACACGGCGCUGGGCUGCCAGCAGGCCCUGCGCUACAUCAGCCACCAGGAGGCCUGCACCGGGAACCAGGAGGACGUCCUGAGGGCCCGCAAGACCUUCCCCUGCAAGGAGGCGGCCCUCAGCAUCUACACAGCGCUGUACAUGGCCAUGUACCUGACGUGCACGGUUCAGGCGAAGGGAACCCGACUGGCGAAGCCGGUUCUGUCUCUGGGUCUGGUGUGUCUGGCCUUCCUCACCGGGCUUAACAGGGUGGCCGAGUACAGGAACCACUGGGGGGACGUCAUCGCCGGAUUCAUAAUUGGCGGCGCCAUCGCCACAUUCCUGGUGGUGUGUGUGGUCCAUAACUUCAAAGGGAAGCUGCUCCUGGGUGACGAGUCUCCGGAGGAUCAGCCCAGCUCGGCUCUGCUGACCCUGGGCCAGAUGGAGAGUCCUCUGGAGAAGUACAUCGCCUCGCAGAAUCACAUCACCUUCUCUGAGGUCACAUGACGUGGAAUCGGCCGUGUGGCAAACCCACUGGACGUCCACGCUGUUCACAGUCCAGCACAACUGACCCCGACGCAGCACUAAACCCAGUGUGUGUGUGUGUGUGUGUGUGUGUGUGUGUGUGUGUGUGUGUGUGUGGUCCAUCAGGCACGCUGUCACCUGCAGCUUCUUGUAUUCUAUGUGUUUAAAAGAGAGAGGGAGGAGCCGGCUCCAUCUAUGCACUGACCCUGAUUCUGGUCCUGAUUCUGACCCUGAUUCUGGUCCUGGGUUCCUGGUAUACUCUGCAGAGGUCAGCCAUGUUCAUGUCAGAUGUUAGAAUUUGCCGGUGCAGAGGGUUGGUUUAAAACGACUUCCUGUUUACGCUGUUACAGAAACAUGUGAGCAUGGCUGACAUUCAAUCCAUUCUACAUGAUUGAAGCAGAGAUAUUGUUCAAUAUUCCAGCCAAAGUCUACACACACUCUACACACCCUACACACUCUAUACACUCUAUACACUCUACACACUCUAUACACUCUAUACACUCUAUACACUCUACACACUCUCUACACACUCUCUACACACUCUCUACACACUCUCUACACCCUACACACUCUCUACACCCUACACACUCUACACCCUACACACUCUACACACUCUCUACACCCUACACACUCUCUACACCCUACACACUCUACACACUCUCUACACCCUCUACACUCUACACACUCUACAAAGUCUACACUCUACACACUCUCCACACCCUCCACACUCUCCAAAGUCUACACUCUACACUCUACACACUCUACAAAGUCUACACUCUACACUCUACACACUCUACACACUCUCUACACCCUCUACACUCUACACACUCUACACAGUCUACACUCUACACACUCUACACACUCUAUACCCUCUACACCCUCUACACCCUCUACACACUCUACGUCUACCCUCUACACAUUCUACACUCCACACACUCUACACAGUCUACACUCUACAUACACACUCUACACACCCUACACACUCUACAAAGUCUACACUCUACACACUCUACACAGUCUACACUCUACACACUCUACACAGUCUACACUCUACACACUCUACACACUCUACACCCUACACCCUACACACUCUAUACCCUCUACACCCUCUACACACUCUACACAUUCUACACUCCACACACUCUACACACCCUACACACUCUACACACCCUACACACUCUCUACACCCUCUACACUCUACACACUCUACAAAGUCUACACUCUACACCCUCUACACCCUCUACACCCUCUACACAUUCUACACUCCACACACUUUACAAAGUCUACAAAGUCUACACUCUACACCCUACACACUCUACACCCUCCACACACUCUACAAAGUCUCCACACUCUACAAAGUCUACACUCUACACACUCUACACCCUACACACUAUUAUUCUGCAUCCGACAAUCACACCUUGCUCUCCUCUGUUUCAGUUCAAGUGUGUGUGAGUGUGUGUGUGUGUGUGUGAGUGUGGGUGAUGUGAAGGUGACACACAGGUCGGCGGCCUCACAGGCCACACUGAGAUUCAGGGCGUGUGUUAUUACACACACACUGUUGUGUUCUUGUUUCCUCAUGUCUCAGUGUGUAUCGGCUCAGUGACUUUCUCUCAGAUGUGUGUGUGUUUUUUUCCUCAGUGUGUUCAGACUCACGUUAGUCUCCUUAGCAGUCACACACUGAUGAAUUAAUGUCUCAGAAGAGAGGGUCUUGGAGGGUUCCUGUGUGGACACACUGAGGGUUAAGGUUCAUGUCCCUUCAUGAAGAGUCGUCACAUCUCAGAGUUUCAGGAUCUUCUGACCGUGAUGAAUCACGUGGAAGUCUUCAGAUUUGGGCUCACAUAAAACAUCAUAUUUAUUUCACUUUACAGAAACUUGGAAGCCAGAUUGACUCUUGUUUGGCCUCAGAAUUUCAGAACGCUCUUGAAAGUGCAUUAAGUCAUGUUUUGGGCGUUUACCCAGUGUGUGACUACAUUCACCUUUUAUUCUGUGUGUAACAGCAUACACAGCCCAGCGUUACAGAUGUGUACACAGCUCAGCGUUACAGAUGUGUUCACAGCUCAGCGUUACAGAUGUGUUCACAGCUCAGCGUUACAGAUGUGUUCACAGCUCAGCGUUACAGAUGUGUUCACAGCUCAGCGUUACAGAUGUGUUCACAGCUCAGCGUUACAGAUGUGUUCACAGCUCAGCGUUACAGAUGUGUUCACAGCUCAGCGUUACAGAUGUUACAGAUAUGUUCACUGCUCAGCGUUCAGACCAAAGCUUUAACAUUCAGUCCCCGCUACAUGUCGUCCAUCUACUGAAAAAGACUGUUUUAAACUCUAAAUGUUUUAUAGAAUAUCUCGGUUUACAUACAUCACUGGGGGUGAGUAUGAGACAGCAGAACGAAAAGAAAGAGGGUCUUUUAUUCUUAUUUAUAAUACCAUUGUUUGGAUGUUUGUUCUGCCCACUAGUUGCCAGAAGUGAAUUAAUGCAGCUUUAACUGCUUUAUUGAUUUGGUAUCUUAAAGCUGGUGACGGAUGAAGAUGGAUAUUGAAUAUUUGUUUCUGGUGUUUGUAGCAAUAACAUGGGGCCCAUCAGGAGGGGGGUGGGGGGGGGGGGGGGCAGUGAGAAGUAUAUUUUUAUAUGAUCACUCUUGAGCUGCUGAAAACACACUGAAGCUUCAGGACUAAAAGAAAUGUUCCACUCCCGAAUAUAUUUAGAGGACUUAUAUCUGUGUCUUCUUCGGGUCAUAUUUAAUGUUCUGCUAUCUAUUUUCCUAUGACUGUGCACUGUGUUCCCGCCCCGCUCCUCAGAGAGCUGCUUCUUCAAGUCUUUAAUGAGCUAUAUGUUCCUGUUUUAUCCUCCGUUAUGUGGACAGUGGUCUUCUUGAUGGUUCUGUUGAUAUUUUAUAAAUGAUGUUCUUAUCUGCAGUAUGUUCGUCUCACAAAUGUAUUCACUUUAUAUCUCUCCUCCGUCACGUGCUUUCUUUGUUCUGGUGGAACAGUUUAUGGAUGUUGUUGCUCUUCUUUGUUUUUAUAUACUUCUUCUUUAUUUCUAAAUCUUCCCUUGUUUUCAUGCUGAGUUCAGACUGUGCUCUUUUACACUGUAAAAUAUAAGAAAUGUAAAGCUUUUGAAUAAAGACAUAAACGGGUCCAA